UGACGUGGUGGUUAAAUAUCUCUGACUGAUACUAUAUUUGUGCUGACUCGGAAAGUGAAGUCUUAGUCACUUUGUGCGCUGCGGCUGUUGGUGAAUUGAGUUGAACUUGUUAAGCUACCGUGUUACCCGUGUAUUGAUUUAAAGUUCAGUAUGAGUCUCCAGUGGACAAUAAUUGCUGCCUUUCUGUAUGCAGAAAUUGCUGUUGUUCUUCUGUUGGUGUUGCCUGUUGCUUCACCGCAAAGAUGGCAAAAAAUUUUCAAAUCAAGAUUCUUAAAAAGCCUCACAAGCCAGGCACAAAUCUAUUUCGUUGUGUUGCUGGCAGUGCUGGUUCUCUUCUUUCUCGACGCCAUACGUGAAAUGAAGAAGUAUUCCAGUCCAGAUGAAUCUACGCACCAGCAUCUUGAUGCCGAAAUGCAGGUGAAUAUGCGCCUUUUCAGAGCUCAGAGGAAUUUUUACAUAUCAGGAUUUGCUCUGUUCUUGUCACUGGUAAUUCGGCGACUUGUGUGCUUAAUGUCAAUGCAAGCAACGUUGUUGGCACAAAGUGAAGCUGCUAUGCAACAAGCGAGAUCAGCAACUACUACAGCUCAGAGUCUCAUGGCACAGAAUCAGACAAGCGCGGCACAGAACGACACGAACGAAGCCCAUGACAAGGAGGUGACAGAGCUGAAAAAGAAGCUUGCGAAGCUGGAGAGCGAUCUAGAACGCGAGAAGAAAGAUAAGGAGGCCAUUAAAGCUCAAGCGCAGUCUGUUAGCACAGAAUAUGAUCGUCUAAAUGAAGAAUUUCGUAAGAUGGAAGCCAAGGUAAACGUUGCUUCUGGUGAGCCGAAGAAAGAUGCUUAACUUAACGUGUUUCUGUGUUGUGCACACACAGCAUUGAAUAUUUGUUGUAUAUACUGCUAUUCUUUAUGUUUGAGAGAGAUUUUAGUAUGUUAUGGCACAUUUUCAUCUAAAAUGCAAAUUUUCCUCCACUUUGAUUACGUGGUUUCAGUGUUAACCAGAAAAAACAUUCUAUUGUGUUGUCGUUUCCUAUUCAUCAUACAUUGUGUAGUACUUUGCAUUAAAGUACAAGAAAGGUGUACAAUUUGGUUACGUGGUGAGCUCUGUGCUACAUAAUUUUGCUUGUAGGUCUUUCUUGUAAAAAGAAUAGCAGUAAAAUGGAGACUGACUAUAUUCUCUCUUCCCCCCCCCCCCCCUUCCUCUUCCAUCCCUCCCACUAUUCCUUCUGUUUUUGUCCAUUUAUUUAAUUUCGUUAUGUGGUAAGCACUGUAGAGCCUUUUUAUCAGACUCUCAUUAAUCUCAGAUUCAAACGAUUAUUGAAUAUACAAAUUGUUAUUCUGUAAUUAGACUGAUAUCUUUUAAGAUAGUUGCCAGCAUGGAUUUCAUAAUUAGGUUGUUUUGAUUUCAUGAUGCAUUUAAUAUAACACAUUUAUGCAUUUCAUAAAGUUAAUAUAAAAUGGCAGCUAUGAAAGUAUUUUGGCUUCACAAGUGAGCUGUUAGGAUGGUACUUCUAACUCCUGUGCAAGUUUAAUGGCUGUGUCAAUAUUAUUGGGUUUAAGAUUUGAUACAGUUAGGUGACCUGUUUGUCCUAUUAUGUGGAAUUUCAAAAACUAUAAUUGUAGCUGUAUCCUAUUUGAGAGUACAGCAUGCCAGUGAUAUGAAAUUUGUGAGGCUUUCAUGUAAUAGAAAGUUUUCAGCUUCAUGUUUUAUUCAUAUAAAAGUUAAUUUAGGUGACUGAAUAUUAUCAGUUAUUUGAAUUUAAGAAAAGUUCUUGGUCAGUAUGCAGUUGAUUCUAUGAAAGUUUUUACCUGUAUAAUGAUGUAUUUUUUCUUCUUUUAAAAAUAUAAGCAAUCUGCACUGUUACAUAAAGUGGUUUGGUUACGUCCACUA